AUGAUUUAGCAGAAUCCAGGUAGCAGUAUAGACUCCAAAAUCACAGAAUUGGAAAAAUAGGUUGCCCUGCUAAAGAAUUCCUAGGUAACAGGUCAAAGCUUUAUGAAACUCAAAGAUUCUAUGAUAAAGAUGAAAGACAACCAAAUUUAAAAGUAGAAGGAGUAGAUUGAUGAGAUGAAAAGGUAACUAGAAGAAAAAGCAAUAGAUUCUAAGAAAAACUCUGCAUCCAAUUAGGAGUCUGUAGAAAUUCUUAAGGCUAAGGUUCAUAGUUUGAACUAUUUAUUAGCACAAUCUGAUCAAACAAUAACAAUGCUAAAGACGAAUUAUCUGAACUUAGAAAAGCAAAAUAUUGAAAAGCUUGAGGAAUGCUAAGGAUUGACAAAGUAGAUCGAGGAAUCUAAGAAUUCAAACACAAUACUUUAAGAGUUGAUUAGAUAACAAGAGGAAUAGGCCUCUUAAUAAAUAGCAUUAUUAAGGAAACAAAGAGAAGACCUCGUUGAGGAAAGAAAUUAGAAAGAGAAAAACCUGCAAUUGUGUAUUGAUAAGCUCGAACAAGAAAAUCAGAUAAAAUAAAAGAGUGUUGAAGAUAAGUUAUAGCAACUUUUGAAUGAAAAUUAAGAAAAAAAUUAAAUUUAACUAGCACAAAUAAAUGAAAAAAAUCUGUAAAUAGAUUAGCAUUAAGAAGAAAUUAAAAAGCUUAAUAAAGAUUUAGUAGAUUAAGAGUAACGAUACCAUUAAGAUAGAUCAAAAUUAAGCGCUUAAAAUAUAUCUUAAUAGGAAUAAAAGCCAUAAAGCAUGUCCAGAUACUUGGAGUAGUAAAUGCAGGCAAUUCAAAAUCAUUCGCUUGCUGUCAAAAAGCAUCAAGAAAAAGAGAUUGAAUUAACCCUUAGAAUUUGCGCAUUAUAAGAGGAAAACUCAAAGCUAAGAAAAGCAGCUGAGUAACUCUAUGAGUUAGAUGAGGCCCAUAAUAAGAUUUAGAUUUUAGAAGAAUAACUCAAUGAGGCUUUAUCAGUUAACAAAUAUAUAACUGGCUAUUAUUAGCAAUAGAAAGUUGAAUGCCAAUAACAAAAGAACUUAAUUUAGUAGCAAGAGCUCUAGUUGACUCUACUAAAAGAUCAGUAUAUAAAACUGCAAGAAGAUGUGCCAAAGAUCUAAAACGAUUAAUAACUAAAGACUCUUUUCAAUCAAAUUCAUUUAAGAUCUUCUAUCCUCAUAAAGAAAUACAUCUAGAGUUCUUAAACCCAAAUUGAUUAGCAUAUUCUAAUAAAGAACUUAAAUGAAAUUUAGGAUGAAAUGCUCAAGGAAAGAUAAAACCUAGAUAAGAUUAUGAAGUCGUUUACAAAGUUAUUGCAUUCAAAUGAUAAUUCUAAGAAUUUUGAGAAGUUAUUUCUCUACAUAGAGGAAUAAAUCUAAAAACACUAAGAAGUAAGACUCAUAUAAAAAGAAGCAUUUGAAGAAAUUAAGUUAAGCAUCAAAAGACCAUAUGAAAAUCCAAUUAUUGAUUCUCUGAAGUCAUAGAUUGAUCUUUAAAGCGAGUAAAUUGAUAUAUUAAAAUAGCAAACAGAGGACUAGUUUCUGGAAUUAGAAAAAUUCAAGGCUAGAUCAAGUAAGUUAGAGAAAGAUUUAGAUAAAAAGCGUCAUUUACUUCUGGAUCUUAGAUCUGCCUUAAUCAUACAAAUUAAAGAUUCAGACAAGGUCAUUAGUGAGAAUAGCCUUCAUAAGUAAGAGGUGAAAAAUUAAAAACUAGUUAACGAAGCACUAAAGUAGAAAUUGAAGGAAUUAUAGGAGUAGCAUAAUUACUUGGUAGAGUACUUUGGAAAGCUCAAUGUAGUAGGAAAUGAAUAUCAGAAAGCCAAUAUAGACUAGAAUAUGACAAAGAUGAUUAAUAGUCUGAGUCUGUAGAUAAAGGAAUUUUAGGUCAAAGAAUCAUAGUAUCAAGAAAAGAUAUUCUAAUUAGAGUAGCAUAUGAACAUAUUCAAAGAAGAUUACUCUGUAUUGAAGAGUUAGCUUCUUAAUCAGGCUUUUGAAAAGCAUAAGGAUGAGAUUAUGGUAGAAAUUAAGCCCAAGGAAUAAGAAGAGAAAGAAGCAUAGACCUAGUUCGAGGUCGACACAGCAUUGUAUGAUUUUCUAGCUAAUGAGUAUUCAGACAUAAACUCUAUAUUCUCAUAGUAUUAGACUUAAAUUGAAGCUUUGAUGGAGUUAUUUGAGGGUAUUGCAAAUUAAGAUGAGACUAUUUAGUAAUUCAAGGUCAAAGAAUAGGAGUAUCAGGAUAAAUAGAAGCAGAUUGAUGAGUAACUUGUAUUUUUAAGGGAUGUAACUGAAAAACAGAAGCAAAAGAUUGAAACUCAACAUCAGUUUAUUUUGUCUUAGAAAGAAAAAAUGAAGAACCAGCAGUUAUAAUAGCCUCCUUCUAUUGCUACUUAAAUCUAAUAAGCUCAGUAAUAAGCCUAACCAGUUCAGAGCAGAAUAGUUAUGACAUAGUAGUAAUCAUAGGAAUAAGCUAAACUGCUCAAGCAAAUUGAAGAUAUUCAAAAGGAAAAAGAGGUUAUCAAUCAUAAGUUACAUGAAACAGAGAACUCAAUAUCAAGAAUAAGAUAGGAUGCCUCGGCCUAAAUGAAGUUACUUUCUACUAAAAAUUAGGAACUCAAAAGAGAAAUCGACAAGUUAUAAGAGGUUAUAAAGAAUAAUGGACAAACUGUGGAGAAUUAGACUGUUAUGAGUGCCAACCAAGUAGUUGGGAAACUUCAUAACUCUCUGCAGAAAGCAAGAAACAUUAUUAUACACCUAAACGGUAGCGAUGAGUUGAUGGAAGAUAUAUAAUCUAACUAGCAGUGA